UUAUCCCCAUUCCCGCUGUCCCCUCGGUGUCCCCCCCAUUCCCGGUGUCACCCGGGGGUCCCCCCCCAUUCCCGGGGGUCUCCCCGGUGCCGCCCCCUCCCCAAUGGAGAACUUCCAGAAGGUGGAGAAGAUCGGCGAGGGCACCUACGGCGUGGUCUACAAGGCGCGGAACAAGGUGACGGGGGAGGUGGUGGCCCUCAAGAAGAUCCGCCUGGACACGGAGACCGAGGGUGUCCCCAGCACGGCCAUCAGGGAGAUCUCGCUGCUCAAGGAGCUCAACCACCCCAACAUCGUCAAGCUGCUGGAUGUCAUCCACACGGAGAACAAGCUGUACCUGGUGUUCGAGUUCCUGCACCAGGACCUGAAGAAGUUCAUGGACUCCUCGUCCCUCAGCGGGAUCGCGCUGCCGCUCAUCAAGAGUUACCUGUUCCAGCUGCUGCAGGGCCUGGCCUUCUGCCACGCCCACCGCGUGCUGCACCGCGACCUGAAGCCGCAGAAUCUGCUCAUCAACGCCGAGGGCUCCAUCAAGCUGGCUGACUUCGGGCUGGCCCGCGCUUUUGGGGUGCCUGUCAGGACCUACACACACGAGGUGGUGACACUCUGGUACCGCGCCCCCGAGAUCCUGCUGGGCUGCAAAUAUUACAGCACAGCCGUGGACAUCUGGAGCCUGGGCUGCAUCUUCGCUGAGAUGAUCACCCGCCGCGCGCUGUUCCCCGGUGACUCCGAGAUCGACCAGCUGUUCCGCAUUUUCCGCACCCUGGGCACCCCGGACGAGGCCGCCUGGCCGGGGGUGUCGGCGCUGCCCGAUUACAAGGCCACCUUCCCCCGCUGGGCACGCCAGGACCUGGCCAAGGUGCUGCCACCGCUGGACGACGAGGGACGCAAGCUGCUGGCGCAAAUGCUGCACUACGACCCCAACAAGCGAAUCUCGGCCAAGGCCGCCCUGGGCCACCCCUUCUUCAGGGACGUCACCAGAGCCGUGCCCCACCUGCGCCUCUGACCCCAAAAACGGCCCCAGAUCCCCCAAAAUAGCCCCAAAAACAU